AUGCUGUGGGGAGAAGUCCAGAAAAUGCUCACCCUGGCUAAUUUGGAUACGAACCCAGACCCGUCGACCGAGGCUGGGAUAUACUUCAGGCUUGUGUGGGGAGACAACCGCGAGGACACGUUCGAAUUCGUGAAAGAGACGAUCAAUGCUGUUAACCUCGAGGCUGCUACACGCAAGGAAGACGCCAAUACAUAUGUCUACUGUGAUAACGAUGCAAGAUGGUGGCCACCGGGAAAGACUCCUGGAAUCCCGAAUGACAUGUGGUACGAUCGUGAAAACCGUAUAACGUGGAAACCGGUCAAUUUGCAACGUAUGAAACCAGGCCGCAUAGACAAUGUUAGGAAUCCAGCUGGGUUAUUUGUAAGCGGCCAAACCCAUUGCGAUGUGACCGAGUUAGGAAAGCCCGAUUUAUGCACGAUCAGCCUCUGUUCUGUUUGACUUAAGGCACCAGCACUUGCGGUCUCACAGCUCAAUGUUAGUCCACUCGACUCAAGCCCCAAUUACAUUGACCAGUUUGGUGGUAUACUCACCGAGUGUCUACUCCACGAGAUUGCCCACACGAUUAAAAAUGCCUGGACUGGUGCUACUUGGAUGGACAUGGGCCCAAACGCAUAUAGAUGGCAGGCUGUUAAGAGCAAGAAGAGUGAAGAAGCGAUGGCAAAUGCGGAAAACUUUGCAUAUUGGGGCCUGGGAUGUCUCCUUAUGUCUCAAGGUGUUGCAAUUAAGGAAGAUGGCGGUUUCCGCCCUUUACGACGGGAGCAAGAUAUGGAAUGA